AAAAUGACACAAAACGUCAACAAUCAUCAUCAUCAGCAGGCAAUGACGUCACAGUAGUAAACAGCCACAAGAUUAUUACUCAUUCUUAGUAUUAUCACAAUUUUGAGUUAAUUCCGCCCAUUCCCUCGCCCCGCCGCCAUGUCUAUAGCAAAUAUGGAGAAACACCUAUUCAACCUCAAGUUUGCCGCCAAGGAUUUAGAAAGACAGUCUAAAAAAUGCGAGAAGGAAGAAAAAGCAGAAAAGGUCAAACUGAAGAAGGCCAUCGCUAAAGGGAACAUGGAUGGCGCAAGGAUUCACGCCGAGAACUCCAUCCGCAACAAGAGCCAGGCGUUAAACUACCUCCGGAUGGCAGCGCGGGUGGAUGCUGUGGCCUCUAGGGUGCAGACCGCCGUCACCCAGCGCAAGGUGACCCAGAGCAUGGCAGGGGUGGUCAAGAAUCUCGACUCGGCAAUGAAGAGCAUGAAUUUGGAGAAGAUUUCUGCGCUUAUGGAUAAAUUCGAACAUCAAUUUGAGGAUUUGGACGUUCAGAGCUCAUACAUGGACACAGCAAUGGGCCAGACUGUCACCACCGCCAUCCCCCAGGACUCCGUGAACUCCCUCAUGACCCAGGUGGCCGACGAGGCAGGACUGGAGUUAAAAAUGGAGCUACCACAAGGGGGCACGACCACAGUGGGGGUGACCGCUACCCAGGCCAGCCAAGACCAGGACGAGCUGACCCAGCGCCUCGCCAAACUCAGGAAUGCUUAAAUAGGCUUUGCUUUUAAAUAGGCCUUGCUUCAUUAGGUCGGAUGGUGGUGGUGGUGGUGGUGGUACUACUGCUACUACUACUAUUACUACUACUACUACUACUACUACUACUGUUAUUGAUAUUACUACUACUACUACUAAUUUGUCUUAAUCUACCACCACCACCACCACCACCACUACUACUACUACUACUACUACUACUACUACUACUACUACUACUACUACUACUACUACUACUACUACUACUACUAUUAUUGCAAUGAACGUUACAAAAAAUAUAUUUUGUCACACUGCUUAAGAGAGAGAGAGAGAAUAAAAUAAAAUAAUAAUGUUUGUUUGUUUGUUUGUGCGCGUUUACAAGCAAUAUAUAUAAUUUUGUUAGUUUGUUAGUUUGUGCGUUUGUUAAGCCAAGAAUUUAGCACCUGAUUACACAUAAAUAAUUCCUUGUUUUUAUGAUUACUGUAGAUGCAAUAAGUUAAAGGAACAGCCUAAAGGAACAGCCUAAAGGAACCACUUCUAUCUAUACCAUGUAGGGUAGAUCAAAUAUUUAAAGGAAUAAUUUUUAGACAGACAAAAAAUAAAAGAUUCAUUUCUAA